GUCCUCUGUCUUCAUCUCUUCCUUUACUAGUUCAGUUUCUACAGCACAUCUGCAAGACUUCAAGACCCUGAGCUGAGAGUAAAACAGUUUACACUCUUUCACAGAUAUUAAACUGAGUGUCGUGUUAUGGCCAGUUUUCAGACCAGGAUUCUUCGUCUUCAUCUCUGUGUUGUUAUUAUUCUUCUGACUCAUGCAGAUUAUUCCAAAUCCAAUCAAGAACAAAAGAUUCGGCAGCACAUCAACAAAACAGUGUUUGCGGGGGGAACAGUUACACUUCACUGCAACAAAACCACAUUAGAUGAUGAUUUCACAUGGAAAAUGAACAACUCAGUUAUUUUUAUGCAGGAUUCUGAAAGUAACAGAACAAUGAGAAACUUCAACUCAAACAGGAUUCACAUCGACCCAGCAGCUCCAAGAGAGUUAACAAUACAACAAAUACAAGCGUCUGAUGCAGGAAACUACAGCUGUUACCCAGCAGCAAUAAGAUGGACAUUAACAAUAACAGAAAUCGAGAUCAGACCAGAAUCACUCAAACAAAUGCCGCUGUACAUCAUCAUCUUUUCAUUUUCUGGAGUCAUUAUGAUCUGUUUAAUUAUCACAAGCAGCAUCUGCAUUUACAGGAAACUGAGACAGAAGAUCAACUCUGGUUCAGAGGAUGUGAAGAUGAUCUCUGACUGUGACAAACACACAGUAACAGUCUGUGUCUAUAGUCUUCAUACAGUUUCAUGAACAUCUUUUCUUCUGAGGACAGCAGAUGAGCAUCUCAGUACAGAAAGAUGUUUGAGAACGAGACCAUGAUGGUCACAGACUUUUUUUUAGCUUCAAGCCAUGAAUCCAUCCAGUCGGAGGAUUUUUAAACACGAUUGAUAUUUUAAACUGAUUUUAUAACUUUAUAACUGAACUAAUUGUGUAUCCUCCAGUUGUUUGUUGUGUUUUCCCUUUAAUUAUCUACAAAGUCAUCAAAUGUAUGAAGGCUAGUGUUUUAAAAUCUGAUCAGUUUCAUAUAGCAGAGGAACACACUUUUAUCAAACACUCAGACGCUUCGUCCUUUAAUCUUGAGUCUGUGUACAAAUCUUUCUGUUAUCCCUUUGACUUGACCUUUCAAAUAAUUUACAUCAUUUAUGUAGACACAAAUGUAAAGAUUAAUAAAGA